AUGGACCAGUUUACCCUCGAGAAUGCUCAGCGCUAUCAGGUGCUCGUGGAUCGCUUCAAGCCAGCCCCGACCAAGGGCAAGCCCGUUGCCGAAGAAUCUAACCCUGACAUCACUAUUGCUACUCGCCUUCGUCCGAUGCUUCAGGAUGAGAAGGAGGCCGGACUGUUGACUGGUGUCUUUCCACGAGCUCAACCUGCUGGCACUGUCGACUUGCACGAGCUGCGGAGGACUUUCAGGGGUGCCCCUGGAUUGACUUCUUUCAGCUUCCGUGUUGAUCGAGUCUUUGUCUCUGAUGACACGACCGAAGCCAUCUACAAGGAACUCGUCAAGCCUCUCGUCCCCUGGGCAUGGGGUGGCGGUGUUAGCACCAUGUUUGCCUAUGGCCAGACGGGUUCAGGCAAGACUUAUACCGUCAGCGGACUUGAACGCCUCAUCGCGGAGACUUUGUUCUCGGAUGAGGUUGAAGGCAGCCGGAGCAUCUUCAUCUCCAUCAUCGAGCUGGCCGGAAACUCGGCCUUUGACCUCCUCAACUCGCGAAAGCCCGUCUCUAUCCUGGAGGACUCUUUUGGCUCGACUCACCUCGCUGGAGCGUCCGAGUACAACGUUACAGACGCAGCGACGCUGCUGAAGCACAUCAACAAUGCCGCCUCGUUCCGACGAACUGCAUCUACGCAGAAGAACGACUCUUCGUCCCGCUCUCACGCCAUAUGCAAGAUUCGACUCGAGAAUCCUGAGCUCCCUCAGGCAGAUGACGGACUGUUGUAUCUCAUUGAUCUUGCUGGCUCUGAGGCUGCUCGAGAUGUCACUGCUCACUCAGCCGAGCGCAUGAAGGAGGCACGAGAGAUCAACGCUAGUCUCUCUGUUCUAAAGGACUGUAUUCGCGGUAGAGCGAGCAUCGAUGCUGGCACCACCGCACCCGGAAAGAAGAUGUACGUGCCGUUCCGACAGAGUGCUUUGACCAAAGUUCUCAAGCACGUCUUUGAUCCUGCCGCAGAGCGCAGUUGCAAGACUGUUGUUGUAGCCUGCGUCAACCCAAGCUUCCUAGACGUGAGCGCUAGCAAGAACACCUUGCGGUAUGGCGAGAUGCUGAGGGUUCUGGUGCCCAAGGUCGUAGCACCCAAGUACGAUGUUGUAAAGCCAAGUACCUGGUCUCACGAGCAGCUUCAGGAGUGGAUUGGAAAGAACUCUGGAACGCCUCCAGUUUCAGCCGAGAUCCUUGCGCCUCAAGAGACGGGAAAGCAGCUGCUUCGCCUUCCAGUUCCCGAGUUCAUCACUCGUUGCCUCAAGACGCCGGGUGUGACGAUGGAACAAGCUACUGCUUUCCAGUCAAAGUUCUGGCGCCUCCAUGUUGACUCUCAGCGACCAAGUAAUGUGAAGCCAAAGGCUGAACGGAAAGACACUGAUGGUGAAGCUCCUUCAGACAAGCCUGGUCAGCACGGCCUUUCCAGUCGAGAUCCGCGACCUGAGAUGUCUCAAGUCCCCUUCAAGCAGCGCAUCCGUCCAGGCAUGGUUGUUAGCUGGAACCCUCCCGAUGACACGCCGGGCUUUUAUCGUCUUCCCGGUCGUAACUUGGUGACAAUCUUGUCUUUAGAAGAUGAGGCGAGCUACAGGUGUGCUUCAGUGGUGCCGGGUGUGAUGCCUGGUGCGUUUGAGGUGUACCUUUGGCAGCAGGUCGCGGCAAAGGUUGAGCACAUGGAGGCUGAGGUGUUGCUGGAGUACGAUGUUGCCACCAGAUAUUACUACGAAACUCUGUGA